AGUGUUCGCUGUUUACCGACAGCGAGAGUGGGAAGACUGACUUCAGUCAACUUACCUUUUGUUAUCAUAGACAGAGAGUUAAAGUACUCGUAAUAAGCCAAGAGUAAAGAACACAGGAACCACCAUGAGAUGGCUAGCACAGAUUGCUGUCUUCCUGUGCGUGGCGGCGCAGGUCUCUUGGAGCAGGGGACUCGAUCCCGAGGAACAUCCGACGCAAACUUCGUCUUCGAACGCCCCCGAGCCCCUGUCCUUCGAAGAACGGCUGUCCCUCUAUCGCACGCGGAAGCGAUCCUUCGACCCUGUGCUAUCUCCGUCCGCUGAGGAUCCUCCCCUUCUCACGCCGCGACCCAGAGGCCGUUGGCGCAAGGUGCGGCGGCGACCGGACUCCAAUAUUUCCAGCCGCAUUGCGAGGUGGAGAAGUCUGCGGGAACAGCGGAAUGGGCGCUUUAGCACUAGGUAUCGCGGGAAUAGGAAGGUAGUGGCGAUGGCGGAAGGUGAGUUGCUUAAUUCUGGCCAGUCGAGGUCAACUGACAAAGAAAGAUUGCCUAAUGAUAGUGCCAAUUCUCCAAAAACAACGAGCAUUGGAAUGACACAGGAAAUAUCCGGUGACCAUAAAAGGCGAGGUGAAUCUGGGACCAUCCACGAUCAGUAUUCUGUGGUGAGUCAGGGCACGUUGGUGGCGCCACAUAUCCACAAGCAUCAUGAAGUACGGCCACCCAAAAAUGACGGCGGGGCUAUUGUAGAAAACCUAGAAAUCAAUUACGAUGAGGAGACGGAAGAAGCUAAAGGGUCUUCAUACAUCAGUCCAAGCGCUAUAGUUUCCACUGAACCACAGUCAGAUUCGGUGUCAAAAGUCAUAAAAAGUGUAUCAGUCAGCUGGUCCUCAGAUCAUGACAGAAAGCCGGAUGCUCGAAUUACGCAGAAAAUAUCAUGGGAGACGGAAGUUCCGACUAACAACGGGAGCGAUUAUGCAGAUAAAUCUUACGGUGAACAUUCCAGAGGCACUCAACCUCACACCCGUCUUCCUGAUAUCUUUAAUCACAGAGAGGGUAGUAUUCAACAAACAAAUAAAUAUUUCUCUAAGCAAGAGCCUGUUAUGAACAGCAUAGUAUUACCCACUGUUAUUCCUACUCGGAAUAAUGUUUUAACAAAAAAUGAACCCAGGGAACAAGAAUCUUUUUCAAGGGAUGUCCCCUCAAUAUUUAUUGAUCCAUCGAAAGUCAUUAAGAAAGAAGGGGAACAAAGUCGAGGUCCCCACUAUGGCAUCAGGGCAGUCGUGAAAUCUUCGUGGGCUAAUGGUCACUCUUACAUGCGUGGAACACCAGCCGACUUGAACCUUGAAAGCACGCAUAAUACAAUGGGAAGAGAUAUCACCAUUGGUCAGGCUACAGAUCUGAACAACAAAGCAAAUGGUAUAGAAUAUUAUUAUGACCUGCAGAAUGGAUUCUUUAAUAAAUAUAGGGAAGCUCGGACUUCUGCUAGAUCGCUAAUGCUGGGCGAUGGAGCUGAAAGCACAAGUGCUCACGGCGGCGUUUAUGAUGACGAGCAAACCAUGGAGGUGGCCAGAAGUGAAAAUCAAUUUAGCCAUGAACACGACGCUGUAAAUCAGGAAAUGUCAGCCAGAGAACCCCAAAAAGCAGCAUCUCGCGAUGAUCCGAUUAGUUAUGAUGGAGCGAGGAAUGACAAUUUAGGAGCAACUGGGAUGUCAGAAUCACAUCACCACAUGCCAGACUUCAUGAUACCUCCUGACGUCCAGGAAGAUUUAGUGAAUGAGAAAUGGCAAAGGUCUCAUGGGGCUAAUAAUGAUACUUCUUUAGAUGAUAGUGGUGAUCAACCUACACCAGAUAAUAUCAGUAUGGACACUUUUGUGCCCCAAGUGAGCCCAGCACUCACUGCGCAAAGUGAUCCUUUGAGAACCUCUCUGGUUCCAGCAAUUCUAAGUAGCUCAUUAAAUCUUGGAACUGAGGAUACCAUACUGCCCAAUGUCGAUUUGACCUCAUCUGCAGAUCAUACGCCUUCCACACACUUGACCGUUACCGCCAGGACCACAACCUCUACACAUUUGCUGAAUCCCUUUACCGUUACAAACGCAGCUGAACAGACACAGAGUUCUGAUGCAUUAACUGACUUAGUAACUAGUCUUCAUGGGACGUGUUACCUAAAAGGAAUGAUGACAGAAGUGGUGUUAUCUCGCCGCUACAUCUUCCACGUGCCUACAAUCAGCGUCCACCACUUAGAUGAGUAUAGAACACCCUUUGAAGUUGGCCCAAUACACAGCAGCAGCUUUAUGUUUUCUUUAAAAAGUUUCAGAGGGCUGCAGAACUUCAUGAUAACUGCUGAUUGGUUUAGUAUCAGUCACAAUAAACUAGAGAAACAACUUGAAGACGAUCUCGGUGAAGAUCAUCUAGCAGUUUUAGAAUGUGACAUUCUGCACAAUGCGGAUCUUCAAAGUAGAAAUCGGGAAGAUGAAACGGAGCAGUUGCCGACUACCACACUGAUGAUAUAUUCAAGCAUGGAUGACUCGACUGACCUUACUUCUGCAAGUGCAUCCACUCCCGAAUUAGCAUCUUCUCUUCCUGCAACAAGAGAGAAAGAAGUUAGUUCAGGAUUUGGACAGAUAAUAAGUGAACUGCUUUCAGUGCAAGACCAACAGCUUCAAAGUUCAGUCCUUGUUAUAGAAACAACGCCAUCCAUUGAUCACCACGUAAGUGAAGUUAUUCAGUCUCAGCAUAUUGAAGUUAGUUCUCAGACAAUAAUAAGUCCACUUUCCAUGACACAAAAGUUGACAAACAUAGAUAAUCGUGAAAAGUUUUCUGAUUUUCAAACUGAAGACCCCAAUGAUCGGAAUCCAUCAUAUGUGGAUCAGAUCUACCCGAAAACCUCCGUAGGUUUUGACCCGUAUGUAGAUUAUAUGUCCAACAUUGAAUUACAGAGACAAACUUAUACAUUGUCCACACAAGCUACAGAAUCGGUUUUAAUUCCUCAAGUAACUUUACCAUAUAUUUUGCAAAAUCAAGGCGAAGAAUCGGAGAAUAUGAGCAUGCUAUCAAAAACCGUCACGGAAUUCACGGCUAAUCUGACUGCACACUCCUCAGGGUCAACUAUGUUUAUAUCUUCUUUGGCACAAGAUGUAGUCAGUUCUACUACAGUUUCAGAUAAUUUUCCAGCAGAGACUGUAACUCUGGAGAUUUUCUUCAAUAAUGUGUUAAAACAAAUACCUGCUGCAAAGUCAGCGCUAGAUCUCCGAAAUGAGAGUGCUUUCUUGACAGUACUGGCCCCUAAUAUUCCACAAACACAAUCGCUUUUAAAUUCAACAGUGAGUGAUAACACUUUAACUGCUCCUGUUUCAUCUUCCGUAGCACAUGUACAGAGCACCUAUCAUGCUAAUCUCACCCAAGAACUGAUACAUAACACAAACAAUUCUUUUUCUAUCACUCCCAUGAGGACAAACCAGUCUCUCCUACAUAUGAUUACCAGCCAAAUCGUGACUCAUAGCUCCACAAAAUCAACAGUUUCACCAGUAAGUACAACAACAACUGAGAAAACAGACACCCAGGUUGAAGUCAGUAGUCAAACUCACUUACCUGUCAUAACUAUCGAAAAUUCCUUCUCUGUCACAGCUGCUCAAGGGCCUUCAGACACCGAGUCCGAAAAUUCAAAUAAAAAAAUACAUGAGAAAAUUAAAACAGUAAUCAUCAACGAUACUCAAAAUCUGUUACAGGAUCCAGCAAGGACCUUGUUAGACAUUGUAAACGAAACAUCUGUAAUAUCAGAAAAUGAAGCAGAUGGUUCAGAGUAUUUUGCACGAUUAACAAUAGAUGGAGAACCUCAGCUGUUACCCAUAAAUGCAGACGCUUAUGCUGCCAUUGAUCGUUUAACAAGAUCUGGACACAUAAAGCUCAGGGUUACAGUCAUUGAAAAUAUGCUGGGCUACUGUAUGAAGAGAUCAAGGGAAUUCGGGAACAAAGACCACAUUGCAGUUCGUAUUGAUUCUCGCUUAUAG